GUCUCUGCUGGGAUGAUUGCCAUGGAUGGUUUCAACAAACUCCAUGCCAGGGGCGCCUGGGACCAUAAAUAGAUGCAGUUAGUUAGUGAGUGGUGGUGCAGUGCUCCUCCAGAAGAAGCUAAGCUCUGUAUAGUGGAUUUCAAGAUUUUGCACUCAGGUGUUUCUUUUUCCAAACUAAACGAUGAGUCUUUCCAAGCUCAAAGGGCAUGCUGCAAUGUCUGAUCCUCUGAGUACUAAAGAAGUAACAGAGUAUGAUAGCAAUGAAGAAAGUCAAACUUCUUCAACUACCAAGUCCCCAACCUCAAGGACAUCCGCAAAAACUCUUUACUGGAUUAUCAAGAAAUUCAAUCCUAUCAAGAGACAAUUGGUCAAAGAAAUAGGUUUUGGAGGCUUACUUGAACUGCCUCUAUGGAAUUCAAUUAGUCGCAUCUUCAGUACUUGGCUUCUUGGCCAAGUUGAUUGCAUAGACUUCACAAUUGUACUAGAUGCAGCUCGGAGGCUGCAGUUCACACCACAGGAUGUGAACAAAGUAUUUGGUAUCCCAUGCGGACACCGUGAUGUACUAGGACCAGAAACUCAAAUAUCGGAUGCUGCAAUGGUUUACAUUCGUGAACAAGCUGGUAUAUCUAUGAGCAAGAUCAGCCUCAAAGAUGCUGAGAAGAUUGUCCUUAUGGACUUGUCAGAAAACAGCACAAGAUUACAGAAGGAUUCAUUCAAGAUGGCAUUUGUUAUCAUUGCCAUGGGUCAUCUCCUGUCUCCAUCAACAAAGUACGAUCACGUGAACAUUGAUUUCCUUGGUGCGUUGCGUUGUACCGAGGAAAUUGGUCAAUACAACUGGUGUGCAUAUGUUAUCACUUGUCCUCUCUGCAAAACCUCUGAGUGCACUCUCAAGAGGACCAGCUCGACCAGAUUUGUUCUUUAG